CGGUCAGGAGUGGACAUUGAAAGCACGUGUCGUUCAUUCACGUUCUAUCUUUUAAAUCGUGCGCUCUACAAAAUAUUACAAAUAUAUUCUACAAACAUCCUGGGGGACAGGGGCAGUAAAUAAGGCUUUUAAAAAUACGUGUUACAGUAAAAGUUUAAGAAAAUGUCAGUAUUUUCAAGUCAAUGACAAACAAGAGGUCAAGAGUGACCGAGUUAAAUGCAUAAAAGAAACAAUGUCAACAUUCACAGAUGACGCAGUGAAUAAUGAAAGAGGGUCAUGGUCAUCAAAAUUGGACUUCAUUUUAUCUGUGGUGGGGUUGGCUAUUGGAUUAGGAAACGUUUGGCGGUUUCCUUAUUUAUGCUACAAAAACGGCGGAGGAGCAUUUCUUAUUCCAUACUUUGUGGCGUUAUUUUUAGCCGGAAUUCCUAUGUUCUUUAUGGAACUUGCGUUGGGACAAAUGUUAACCAUUGGAGGUUUAGGAGUAUUCAAAAUAACGCCAAUUUUUAAAGGAAUUGGUUAUGCGGCGGCUGUAAUGUCAUGUUGGAUGAAUGUGUAUUACAUUGUAAUUCUCGCGUGGGCCGCUUUUUACUUGCUAAUGUCAAUGCGAGGCGAUGUACCUUGGCGAAAUUGUGAUAACUACUGGAAUACGUUCAAAUGUGUUAAUCCAUACGCACGAAAACAACUAUCGUGCUGGGAAAAAAGUGAAAACGCUACAAAAAUUAAAAUGUGCACCGUCAAUAUGGUUAAUGUUUCGGCCUCAGAGAUUUCCGAUCCAGUCAAGGAAUUCUGGGAGCACCGAACAUUAAACAUAUCAUCCGGCAUUGAGGAGAUUGGAUCAAUUCGCUGGGAACUAGCUGGAACUCUUCUUUUGGUCUGGAUAUUAUGUUAUUUCUGUAUUUGGAAAGGUGUAAAAUGGACUGGAAAAGUAGUAUACGUAACCGCUCUUUUCCCUUACGUGUUGCUUACCAUUCUCUUGAUACGAGGUGUCACGCUACCCGGAGCUUUGGAUGGUAUAAAAUUCUACAUUGUACCAAAUUUCUCAAAAUUAACAGAUUCACAGGUUUGGAUUGACGCGGUUACUCAAAUAUUUUUCUCAUAUGGUCUUGGAUUGGGAACUCUCGUGGCCUUAGGAAGCUACAACAAAUAUAACAACAAUGUUUACAAAGAUGCCUUGCUGGUAUGUACAAUUAAUUCAAGUACAAGUAUGUUUGCUGGUUUCGUCAUAUUCUCCGUGGUUGGAUUUAUGGCUCAUGAACAAGAGCGAUCUGUGGCGGAGGUAGCAGCUUCUGGUCCAGGUUUAGCAUUUUUAGUUUAUCCAUCCGCUGUGUUGCAAUUGCCUGGAUCAUCUUUAUGGGCAUGCCUGUUUUUCCUGAUGUUAUUGCUAAUAGGAUUGGACUCCCAAUUUUGUACAAUGGAAGGUUUUAUAACAGCUAUUAUAGAUGAGUGGCCCCAAUUCCUGCGUCCCCGCAAAGAACUGUUUAUAGCUGUGGUAUGCGCACUGAGUUACUGUGUAGGAAUAUCCUGCAUAUCACAGGGAGGCAUGUACGUCUUUCAACUAUUAGAUUCUUACGCUGUAAGUGGAUAUUGCCUUCUGUGGUUAAUAUUCUUCGAAUGUAUUUCUAUAUCAUGGUGCUAUGGUGUCGAUCGUUUCUACGAUGGCAUAAAAGAUAUGAUUGGAUAUUACCCCAUGGUUUGGUGGAAGUUCUGUUGGUGUGUCACCACGCCUUUGAUUUGUGCGGGUGUUUUCUUCUUUAAUAUUGUACAGUUCACACCUAUCAAAUACCUAGAUUAUAGUUAUCCGUGGUGGGCUCAUGUUAUCGGCAUUAUAACGGCUCUUACAUCAAUGAUGUACAUUCCAAUUUAUAUGGUUUGGCUUUGGAAGAAAACGCCUGGUGAUACCGCAAACAAAAUUCGGCAAAUUGUAACAAUUGACCUGAAUGUCCAUGACUUGCGAAUCAAAAUGCAGGAAGAAAUGAAAUAAACGAAUGGAUCACUAAAGGCUUUAUAAAUAUGCAUCAUUGCUGGCGAACUUUACUUUUUUUUAAUAACGAACCCGAAUUAUGACAAACGAUAACUAUUAUAUAAUAACUAUUAUAUUCAACUAAUAACUUUUUGUGCUGCUGUAGUCAAUGUUUUUAUGCUUUUAAGUUAGUACCGUACUUGUACUUUAAUCUUUAGUUUUGGGAACUGGUUUUUAGAUUAAGAUUAAGCUUAACCUAUUCAUGCACGCUCGAUAUUACUGUUUUGUAAAACUGUGGUUUGAUUAUUUAAAUUAAUAAAAUCGACAAAAAACGUGAUAUUAAA